AAUAUGUACCGUGACUACUUAUAACUAGUCACGGUGCAGUUUCCCAUGAUUAUUUGUAUCCAUUAAUCACGGUUAGACCCAUGACUAAUGCACAUUUUUUAAGCACAAAGCCAGCAAACAAAAACAUAUUUAGAGACAUGAUGUACACUUUUUAAUAUGGUAUUUACCGUGAUAAAAUCAAUUCCUGUGAUUAGAUGUCAAUCACUACUCAUGGUAUUUACUACUUAUGGUGACUAGUUAUCCCAUGACUAAAAACAAAGAUUUCAUCUCGAUGUGCCAUUAAAAUUGAUCUUCACAAGGCUUUUGACUCAGUUAACUGGGAGUACUUAAUCUGUGUGAUGCUACAUAUGGGUUUCCCAGCUGUGUUUAUUGAAUGGAUAAAGGGCUGUCUUGGAUCUGCGUUCUUUAGUAUUAGCUUGCAUGGUUCUUUGUUUGGUUUCUUUCAAGCUAAGAAAGGGGUAAGGCAGGGGGACCCUCUCUCCCCCUACCUUUUCACUAUAGCUAUUGAACCUCUCUCGGGCAUAUUGGAUUUUGCUGCCAGCUCUAAACGAAUUCCUUAUCAUCCUCAGUGUCGAUCAAUAGGUCUGACACACCUUUGCUUUGCGGACAACCUAUUGAUUUUCACUGAGGGAUCAGCAGCUGCACUGGUGCAGAUGAGAAGUUUAUUGAAUGAGUUCUACUUGUUAUCGGGGUUAAGCUGUAAUCCUCAGAAAUGUGAGGCAUUCUUUGGCGGGCAGGCACAUUUAUACAAGGAAAAUGCUAUUGAGUUGUCAGGGUUUGCAGAAGGGCAACUGCCUGUGAGAUAUCUAGGUCUCCCUUUAUUUUCUGGCAGGCUGUCAGCCAGGGAAUGUGAAGUGUUGGUGGACAAGAUGACUAGUCGAAUACGCUCAUGGCAAGCCAGCAAGCUUACUUAUGCAAGAAGACUCCAGCUGAUUUCAUCAGUGUUGUACUCUUUAGUACAAUACUGGAUGAAUAUUUUCAUUCUGCCUAAGAAAGUUUUGGACCUCAUUCACAAGAUUUGUUCGGACUUUUUAUGGCAUGGGGAAGGCACAGGCAGAGCAAAAGUGGCUUUGGACUUAGUUGCACUUCCUAAACGGGAGGGUGGUAUGGGGUUGAAGGAUCUGGGAAGUUGGAACAUGGCAUGUAUGGCUAGAUUGUUGUGGCUUAUUCUGAUGAAGAGUGGUAGUUUCUGGGUAGCUUGGCUGCAGCAAUACAGGCUGAAGGGGAGAUCCAUAUGGAAUGUGCCUCUUUCUCAGUCUGGUUCAUGGAUUUCGAGGAAACUGCUUAAUUCGAGAAGCUAGUUCCAGUACAGAUUUGAUACUGAUGCAGAAGGUAGAGUACUCUGGGAAGGGAACCUGAUGCUGAGAUUUGUGGUGCAGAAGGUAUGGGCGUCAAUCAGACCAAAAAGAGCUCGGGUGGAUUGGUAGAAGCUGAUCUGGAAUAAACAUGUGAUUCCUAGAAUAGAGUGGUGGUUUGGUUAAUUAUAAUGAACAGGAUUACUACGAGAGACAAACUUAAGCAAUGGGGGAAACUUUCUGACUCUUUGUGUGUUUUAUGUCAGGCGGAAGAAGGAACUCGUGUUCAUUUGUUCUGCAAUUGUUCUUAUGCUUUGGAUUUCUUUGCCGCAGUUUUUGGCUUGCACAGGUGGCCAAAUGAUUGGGACGGCCUCAUGAAUUGGUUGGGUCGAAGAAGCAAUAAGGAGGGCAGCAAGGGGCUGAUUUGGAGUGCGAUCUGGUGCUGGUGCGUAAGUGUUAUUUGGAAAGAGAGGUGUGCUCGGAUGUACAAGGGAGAGCAAAAGUCGGUAGAGGAGAUUAAGAGAAGAUGGGUUGUUGAUUUCAAUCUGUUUGUUAUCGGCAGGCCUGAUCUUAGAUUGGAAAUACUGAAAAUUCCUCGGUUGAGUAGCCUACUAUAUGCAGUGUAGGUAGUUUUUGUGAGAGUUUUAUGUUUAUUCUUGUAAACAGACUUGUAGAGCGUUUGGCUCUUUGUUUUUGAGGGUCCUGUUUUAUCAGGCUGAGCUGAAUAAAAGUUUCGAUAAUUAACGAAAAAAAAUACCAACUACUAAUUAUAGUAAUUUACAAUGACUAAUUACAAACCAAUAGUCAUAGUGUUCUCAUGUCAUCAUCAACAUUAUAGUACCAAGAGUAACCUGAUUUCAUUGCUAUUAUAUUUUGUAGUUAAUUGUCAAUACAAUUGCUUCAAAUACCAUUCAUCAAUUAAUAUAAUUGACAUACAAUUAAAAAAUAUUCUUGUAGCAUAGAACUCCGAUCAAAUGAAAACUAAUUACAAAUAUAAGACAAUAUUUCUUGCUUUGUUACUAAAAUUUGCUAAGUCUUCCCUUCCUCCAUGGUGCCAUAAUUUCAUAGCCAAUUCUCCUCUGCUCAAAGCAUUCCAUUCAAAUCUUUUUGACCAUAGAAACAUGAUCCAAAAGCUCAGUUACUAAAAAUGAUAUAUUGUAAAAGAACAAUAAUGCGGCCAAAGAAAAUGUUAGGCUUGAUAUCACAUACACCUAACAAAUUAAUAUUUUGAAGUAUGCUGAACUUACCACUAAGUAUCCGGUUAACCAUGGGCCAAACCACUUUGUAUGGUGGAGAGUACCAAACAAACAGCUCAAUCUUGAAUAGCCUAUCUUGAGAAAAGCCUUGCUGAAAACAAUGGAUUCCCCAAGACUAUCCCUUUGUCAUCCUGAAGAGGAAAGGAACUACAAAUCAAUGAGUACUUAAUGGAUCAGUUAGGUUUAUAAACCAUUAGCGAUGAAAUCAUUACCUUCACUGCUCAGUGAAAACGACAAAUUUUACAAUGUUAUAUAGUAUUGGUGCUAUAGGGUUUUCCUUUUAUGGUAUAACUUAAAAUUGUACAUUCACGUUAUGGUACAACUUUAGAUUGUACCUAUACUUUUGGUACAAAUUCUUUUAUUGUACAACUUGAACUUGUACAUUUAUGUGAUGGUACAACUUCAAGUUGUAAAGUUGUAUCGUAACAUAAUGGUACAAAUUGCUUUAUGGUACAACCUAAACUUAUAUAUUUAAUGUUAUGGUACAACUUUAAGUUGUACAUUAAAGCACCAAUACUAUAUAGCAUAGUAGAAGUGCUCAAAAUAAAAAACCUUUGAUGCAUCUUGUGACCCAAAUGAUGUAGGUAAUACAAAAAGAGAAUCAAUCCUCGAAUUAUCAAACCAAUCAUAGCACACACAAAAAUUAAAUUGGAACCAUAUGUGACUAAACUUAGUUUACUCUUUUAGUUUCGAUAAAAGAUCUAUGAAUAC